GCACAUUUGACAAAAUGCUCUCCCUAUUCAUGCUGUCAGUGAUGGGCAUUAUUACAAGUUUCUGGGAUACAAUGAAACUCAUUUUGAAAUAUAUGCAUAUACAUUCUUUUUGGUCCUUGGGAUUCCAGAACGAUUCUACUCCAAGAACCAAACUGAGAAUUCUGGAACCUGACAGAGUGAUUCCUACCAGUGUCAAUUAUCACUUCACCAGGCAGUGCAAUUAUAAAUGUGGAUUCUGCUUCCAUACAGCGAAAACAUCUUUCGUGCUACCCCUGGAAGAAGCCAAGAAAGGACUUUCCCUGUUGAAAGACGCAGGCAUGGAAAAAAUAAACUUCUCAGGAGGAGAACCAUUCCUUCAGGAAAGAGGACAUUUUGUUGGAAAGAUGGUUCAAUUCUGCAAACAGGAACUGAAAUUGCCAAGUGUCAGCAUUGUGAGCAAUGGGAGUAUGAUAACCGAGAGGUGGUUCAAAAUGUAUGGUGAAUAUCUAGAUAUCCUUGCUGUAUCAUGUGAUAGCUUUGACGAAGAGGUGAACAAAUCUAUAGGCCGGGGUCAAGGAAACAAAAAUCACGUGGAAAAACUGAUGAAGAUCAGGAAAUGGUGCCAAGAUUACAAUGUGGCUUUCAAAAUAAAUUCCGUCAUUAACCAUUUUAAUAUGGAUGAGGACAUGAGCGAGCAAAUUGCACAGAUAAACCCAAUACGCUGGAAGGUAUUUCAGUGCCUUAUUAUUGAGGGUGAAAAUUGUGGGCAAGAUGCCUUACGACAAGCUGAGAAAUUUGUCAUCAGUAAAGAAGACUUUAAAAAUUUUCUGAACCGCCAUAAAGACAUUAAAUGUUUAGUUCCUGAAUCUAAUGAACAGAUGCGGGAUUCUUACCUUAUCUUGGAUGAAUACAUGCGUUUCCUGGAUUGCAGAAAUGGGCGAAAGGAUCCUUCCAAAUCCAUCUUGGAUGUGGGAGUUGAAAAUGCUAUUAAAUUUAGUGGAUUUGAUGAAAAGAUGUUCUUCAAAAGAGGAGGAAAAUAUGUUUGGAGCAAAGUAGACUUAAAGUUGGACUGGUGAUGGUGUUACUGUGGCAAAGGAUAACAUUGACUUUUUUUGGUCAAUGUCAAGCAAUACCGAGAGAGCACUGACAAUUAUUAAAAAUCUACCUUGAAUAAUACAGAGGAGCACUACAUUAUUUUUCCCUUUCCCUCAUGGGCUUAGAAACAUAGAAUGUGACGGCAGAUAAGAACUAUUCGGCCCAUCUAGUCUGCCCAAGGAGUCAUCUUUGCUAUAUCAUCUUGUAUAAAUGAAGUCACCUACAGUU